GUCAGACCACAUCCCCUCCCCUCGCCCAUUUCUCGCUGUCUGCUCGUAUCCAGAGUCUCCCUGGGGCCAUCUCGCUUACUUUCUCCGGUACAGGCUGAGAUUGUCCAACACACGCAACGCCAUAGAUCUCGAUUCAAGCAUAGCGCACCACUAAGUUGCAUCCUGACCAGGCUUGAGUGGAAGAAGAAUCCUCUCUCCGACUGGGUCCCAACGUCGCUUGACCUAUCCUGAAUUCUCUACACCGAUAUCAACGUCCACUGCAGACCCACCAAAUACACGCACGCAAUAUGGCGUUCCAGACUAACGUGGACUCGUUCAAUCUCCAGGCCGAUAUGUCAGAUCCCUCCCUGCUCGCCCACACAGAUAUGAGUGUAUAUCCCGAUGCUCUGUCUCUAGACCUGACUCCCAUGCCAUCCACCCCUUUCGAUAUGAUGGGAUCCCUACCGCCGGCAUUGCUGAAGGAGAACUCCAAUCAGACCGAUUCUCCCAGUACGGUCGCGACCAACGGCGUAGGGGCUGGACCUCUACCCCCGGAUUUCGGUCGGCUGGCCCAAGGCUCUAGCAGCAAUUUGACCGAGUUCACGAAGCGACGCAAUUGGUCUCAACGGGUCCUCGAGGAGCUUAAGGAUCUGCUGUACAUCCUUACCCCUGACGGUCGGAUGCUUUAUGUAUCCCCCUCGGCGAAAGCUCUCACGGGAUACGACCCCGAAGAUCUCUUGGGUAAGUCGAUGCCUGAGUUCGUCCAUCCCGACGACCAGGGACUGUUUAUUCGCGAGUUCAACGAAAGCAUCGCGACUGGGAACGCGUUGCGGUUCUACCACCGCUUUCGUACGGCAGAGGACAAGUACAAGAUUUUCGAGUGUCACGGCCAUCCGCACCUGACCCAGGACACGUCGGGACUCGAGUUGUCCGGCACACCUGUUGGGUCGGCCGGGAUCUGUAGAGGGUUCUUCAUGAUGGCACGGCCUUAUCCCAGUAGAAACUCGGAACUUCUCGAUUCUUUUCUGGAGCACAAAAUCGAAAACAUCCGGCUACAGGCGCGGAUAGCUGCCCUCAGAAAGGAAGAGGCAGAAGAGACCGAUGGCCAAGGCGAGCAGUAUCACAAGCCAGCCGGAGCUUCAAGCUCCAACAGGACGCGCUCCAACUCGGCAGAGAUAAGCCCGGCGUCGCCAUCGGUACAUUCAAACACCGAUUAUUCUGGCAUGCCACCGCCCGCAAAGCCUACUGUGUCCAACAUUGCUCUCACGCGGGAAGCCUUGGACGAGGCCAACGCGUUUGCGAGACCGGACAGUAUAAGAGACAAGAUGGCACGUUACGAAGGUUCUUCGCACGUCGACUCGAUCGAGAUGUUCACCGGUCUGCGGUACCGCGAGGGCGAGCGGUCACAUGGUAUAUCAACCGGCGGCACAUCUCCGGCCUUGAUUCGCGGCGAUGCCGGUAUCCACAUCCCCGUCGACAAAGCCGAGUCGCGGUACUCGUACUCGGACAAGAAGCACAAGAAAGUCAAAAGCGCGGAUGAAUACGUCUGCACGGACUGCGGCACGCUCGACAGUCCGGAAUGGAGAAAGGGACCCAACGGGCCCAAGACGCUGUGCAAUGCUUGCGGGCUGCGGUGGGCGAAGAAGGAAAAGAAAAAGUCUGGUCCCAUUGGUCCUGAUGGUGCGAAUUCCGAAUCAAACACGGGUCCUCUGAAUGGUGUCGACAUUAAAGAUUCACAAUCAAAUGACUAGAGACUUUCUUUGAUCGGGUCACUUUUGAAAGUGUGCCGUUGGACAACACCGAGUCAGUCUCGGACGACGACACUUGAAGAACAUGAAGAUGAUCACGAUCAUGGAUAUGAUGAUGUCAAAAGUGCGUGUGCCAUACACCCCGUUGUCCCGCGCCCUCGCUCUCUCCAGCUCUCUCCAACAGUCGUCACGGACUGAACUCUCGCGGGCUCGCCAUCCGAAGCUCGGCGGUAUUGUUGAGACCUGUGUCUACCUAUAUAUCAUUCCCCUUCAUGAAGAAGAACAAGAACCACCACAGGCGCCUAGGCGACAGUUUCUGCCCUGCCUUUUCUGAUGGUCUGCAUAUUCUCCAUCGGUAUCGACUCGCCACAUCGACAUUGUUAUCAUGACCUCUCUUACAUCGAGGCGUCUAUAUCAUCCAUGGGAUUAUUUUUUUUAUCUUUCUUUUCAUGGCUUUUGCAUGGACGAUGUUCCGACAUCCACGGCGUCAUUUGCUACACGGCAUCAUUGCAUAUUUCGGGCUUUCAACAGGGAGUACACCGGCCGUGCUCUCCGUCACAUAUGGACAUGAACGUGACCGCUUGAGAGAUACUAGGAAGGAGGAUAAGGGACGGCGCAGCAUGAUAUUGUCACGAACCAGAGAGGGUCAUGUCUGGGGAAGAAAUGGAAAUGACCAUGCAAUUGUUUCUGAUGACGCUAGAGUGAGUCCUACUAGAGAUCGACGCAUACGAAACAUGAUUAUAGGUAUGAAUAGAGAUUGGCACUUCGAAGCAUAGCUCCUUGCCUAUUCAAGGUAGUAGUAGUAAUACAUGUCUACGGAGAA